CACCCAUAUUAAGGGGGUAGCAUAGACUCAUUUUGUAGCUCCAUAAUGGGACUUCUUGGUUUGGAGUUAGUCCUUCUAUGGCAUCUUUUUGCAUCCUCAGCUCUAGCAGGCAUCCCAGCUGUUCCCUGGAGGGUGGCAUGCCCAUCACAGUGUGUGUGUCAGAUCCGCCCCUGGUACACCCCAAGAUCAGCUUAUAGAGAAGCUAACACUGUGGACUGCAAUGACUUGUUUGUUUCAAAAGUUCCCAGAGGGCUUCCAGCAGGAACUCACACCCUUCUUCUACAAAGCAACAAUAUUGCAUACCUGGAACAGCAAGAUCUGAGUUACCUAGAAAACCUGACAGAACUUGACCUGUCUCAAAACAGUUUUUGCAGUGUCCAUGACUUCAAUGCUAGAUACCUUCCCAGUCUUGUCAGUCUACAUCUAGAGGAGAACCAGUUGACCCAGUUACCCGACCAUAGCUUUUCUGGGCUGGAAAGUCUAGAAGAAUUGUAUCUUAACCACAACCAACUUUCUAUUAUAUCCCCCAAAGCCUUUUAUGGCCUACAACGUUUGCUUCGCUUGCACCUCAACUCUAACUUACUGAGAAGCCUGGAUAAUCGCUGGUUUAGGGAGUUGCCAGCAUUAGAAGUAUUAAUGGUUGGUGGCAACAAAGUGAGCUCCAUUCCAGAUAUGAAUUUUCAGCCACUCUCAAACCUCAGGAGUCUUGUUUUGGCUGGUAUGGGACUGAAGGAAAUAUCUGACUAUUCUCUGGAGGGCCUGGUGAACCUAGAAAGUCUCUCUUUUUAUGAUAACAAACUUGUCAAAGUGCCCAAGAGAGCCCUGCAGAGAGUACCUGGACUAAAGUUCUUGGACCUUAACAAGAACCCUUUAAGUAGAAUUCAACAAAAGGAUUUUGCUGACAUGGCUCAGCUAAAGGAGCUUGGGUUAAACAGCAUGGAAGAGUUGGUAUCUAUAGACGAGCUAGCACUUAUCAACUUGCCAGAGCUUACCAAGUUAGAAGUCACAAAUAACCCUAAACUUUCUUUCAUCCAUCCAAGAGCUUUUCAAAGGUUGCCUCGAAUGGAAACACUGAUGCUCAACAAUAAUGCUCUAAGCUCUCUGCACAGGGAGACCGUGGAAUCAUUACCUAAUUUGCAAGAAAUUGCCAUGCAUGGCAACCCACUGAGAUGUGAUUGUGUUAUCCGUUGGGUCAAUACGACUGCUCCUCAUGUACGCUUUAUGGAACCUCAAUCUACACUGUGUGUGGAACCUCCUGAAUUAAGGCGCACACAGCUAAGACUGGUCCCUUUCCGGGAGAUGAGCGAUCACUGCUUGCCACUUAUUCCUGUAUCAACCUUUGCACCUAGAAUACGGGCAACUAGUGGACAGAGUAUAACAUUACACUGUCGAGCACUUGCAGAACCAGAGCCCCAAAUUUUCUGGGUCACACCUUCAGGGGAGCGCCUUGGAGUGUCAGCAGAGUGUGGUGGCUACAGGGUGCAACAGGAAGGGACACUGGAAAUCCAAGGGGUAUCAUCAGCUCAUGCUGGACUUUAUACUUGUGUAGCACAGAAUCUUGUGGGAGCUGAUUACAAGAGUGUCCACUUGAUGGUUAACCAACUAUACCCUGCCAGAGAUGGUCCUGUCCAGCUUCGAGUUGGUGAAAUAGGAGAGCGUCACCUAUUGCUUUCUUGGAAUCCACCUCUUAACACAUUAGGAUGCAGCUUAAGAUGGAGCUGCUUGACACCUGGUGCCAGUGUGGAACGUGCAAGGCUGCCUGUGGGACUGCACUCAUACAAUGUUACAAGACUCCUACCAGGGGAAGAAUGCAGAGUAUGUCUGCGGGUAUCAGUUCUGGGAGGCCAAGUAAGAACGGCUUGUGCCAGUGCCAGGACUAGAGAGACUGCAACAAGCUUCAGACACAGAGGACAAAAAGCACUGACAGCGCUGGUGUUCUGCUUUCUUCUUACUAUGAUUGGGUUACUUGCACGCUAUCGCCCUGGAGGCAGAUCUACCUCCCUGUCCCCAUGGCCACUUUCUGGAAGGGUUAUUUACCCACCAGUUAUACAUCAGUGGGACCAGAACAAAAAGGAAGAAUGUCUGUUAAGCAUUAAUGCCCCAGCCACCAGCCUGUGCUAAUAAACUCUCAACUGUGUUCCCCUAAGGACUCUCUUCUAAAUAAAAGGAGAGAACAAGAGGUUAAGUUGGGGCAAGUAGUGCCUUUGCAGGGAAUAAUGGCAGAAAGCCUUAAAAUUCACAUGCAGAGGCAAAGGAGCUAUGUGGGCACAAAGACUUGUACUGAUGCCAGGAGACCCAUAAAUACAGGAUAACUUACAUAACGGAAAACCUGCAUAACUACAUGUAUGCACACACGCACACAGCUACUUUGUUGAAGAUUUGUUUUGCAGGUUUGUUUUUGCAACCAAAACAUUACACAAACCUGUAUAAAGGCUUUGUUCACACACAAUCAUAUACAAAUGUGUACACAAAGACACCAUGCAUUAGAUGGUGAUCCAUGAUAUUUAACAUGAUGACACACAGCGCUACAGGUGUACUGUGAUGUAUGCGUUACACAAAUACUGUGAUGUUUUGAUGUAGGAUUAAACUUCACUACCCACUUUUCCAGGAUUUGACUACUCUGCAUACCAGAUAUGAAAAUUGUGUCUCAUGCAGGACCUUCUGUUCUAAAAAGACAAACAGGGAAAAGCGAACUACUACCAAGUGGAAUCCAUCCUUAAAUGACCAACUUUGCAGGAAGGAGGCAAAGUGAAUCCACCUUUUCAGCCAAUAAAUAUGAAAUAAGACUUAAUAGAUCUCUGCCUUCCCAAACAACAUGUAAAAUUGUGAUUGUUAAAAUAAAGCUCUGAGCAGCA